GGUUCCUUGGAAUUGAAGUAAACGAUGAAGAAAUGCGGUACCCUAUAACGUUGUAAACGAAUUCUGCAUCCUCUAAAACCCCAACCCUGCAAACCGGCCAAACCCUUUCUCGAUACGUAAAUGUCGUCCGCAUCCUCCGCAUCCUCCGCUCAUGUAGUUGUUAAGAAACGAUGGCUUGGGUUUCUCAUCUGGCAGGAGGUCGCCUCUACCGUCGUCUAUCUCCUUUUAUCCAUCUUUUUCCCUUUUCCCGGCCGCAUCCCUGCUGCCAGCGUUCUCUCCUUCCUUGCCUUCAGUCUCUCGCUCCAUCUUCUCUCACUCUCCCUCUUCUUACUGUCCUCUCCCUGCCCUGAACCCUCCGCCUCUAUCGCUGACCUAGUCGCUGGCCUCCUUAGGGCUUGCCUCCGCGCUGUCAUCGGAGGCACAACCAAUGGCGAUUAUUCCGCCGAUUUUCGCCACCGCGUCUAUAGAACUCUUUCUAAGUGUUUCUUCUUAUUUAUCUGUGUGCUAUCUGGGUUUUUAUCGACGGCUGCGCUGUGCGGAAGAGCAGAGCCCGGUGGUGGAAUGAAGUUGGUUGGAUUGGGAAUCAACGGUGCGAUGUUUGGAUUGGUAUACGGUGUUCAUUACCUCUACCAUAAGAGGUGGAUCUUAACAUUUCCAGUCAUUCAGCGUCCGUUUUUCUACAGCUUGAAAAUGGGUCUUUAUUCAUCUCUUAGGGAGGCCCUUAAACUAUCAACUCUGGCAUUAAUUCCUUCCUUGCUAGUGACGCUCUUUGUGCCAGACCAGUUCAGGAGCAGGAGAUCAAUAGGACCAUUUAUCCUUUACCUGGCUAAUUUAUAUACUGGAGUCUCUGUAAUUUCAUUCACUUGGGAGCUAAGUACGCACUUACUUCUGGUUGUGCAUACAAGGAGAUGCCAUUUUGCACCAUCUCGAGGAUCAGCUGCUGUAGAAACAAAUCCAAGUGAAGAGCUGCUUGAAGCGCUGGAACAAAGCAGCCCUAGAUCUCUUUUAAAAUAUCUUGCAUAUCUUGAUUUAUGCAUGGUAUCUGAAAAUAAUGUUGAACCAUGGCGUGCUGCUUUUUUUGAAGAGACUGGCGAAACUUAUAGAAGGGUUAUAUCUCUAUGUUUACGCCCUUUAGAGCAUCUUACAUCAAAACUUGUUGAAGGAUUGGAAGGUCUUGCUGUUGAUAAAUCAGAUUUGUUCUCCCAACAGUUGAAUCCAUUAAAUGGAACUAAUGUUGAUUCAAACCUCCAUGUUGCUUUCAAUGAAUUUCAGCUAUAUUCUUGGAGUGCUCGGACCAUAGCCGCAUUAACUUCACGCUCUUACUUAGAAGAUAGAUAUGGUGUUGCUCAGCUGACUGGCUUAAAUAUUGCAGUGUUAUCAACACUGCUCUCUACCCUGCUAGCAGUGGAGGCUUGCAUGGGGAAGAAGACAAGUUCACAAGCAGCACACUUAAUGGGCCCUUCAAGCAUCGGAUGGGUUACACUAAAAACAGCAAGACAUGAUGGGGCUAAUGUAGUCACAAUAAAGAAGAGAGGUGGUCUCCUUCAUGCCAAAGCUUAUUCCAUGGCUGACAUUCUUAGAACAUCAAUCUAUCAGAUAGUCUCUGUCUUCCAUGCUGAAAUGCAAGCUGCUGCUAAGAGCUCAGGUUUGGAGAAGAAUUGGGUUGCUCUUGGAAAGCCCUUGUAUGGUACAAGGGAGGCCCUAAUACACAAGCUGCUUCAAUUCCUCGAAUAUCGUGCAUACUGAGUUUAGUUAGAUCUUUUUAUUCCUUUUCUUGGUUUAGGAGGUGGAUAAAGUUUUUUAUGAAAUUUUGCACAGUCCACUCUCUAGCCCCGUUUGGAGAUCGGGUGGGUGCUUGACUUCUAGUUUUUGGUAGGGAAGACGAUUUCGUCUCUGUUGCAAAAGCUAAGCGACGUGGGGGGAACUUUCGUUUUGGUGAAUUAUUAUUCAAAUUCACUCAGUACAAGUUGUUAUAACUUUUUAGGCUUGAUAACCAAGAUUUUAUUGAACUUUUUUUUUU